UCUCUUUUUUGGUAACCGAAUUCGCAGCCCAAUUUCGCUUUAUUAACGGGGCACGACCGCAGGAGAUAGUUGCAAUACCAGAUUUGGUGGAUUCCUUUUUCGUCUUCCCCUGAACCCGAUCGAACAAGCCAAUGGAGCUGGAAGCUGACAAGAACGCGGCGCUGCCGGCGGCCAGCGACGACGCCAUCCAAGAGGAGUCCCCGACCCCUGCCCAGAGCGGGAAGCCCGGAUCCGAGUCGGCUGCGGCGGCGCCGGAGGUGGAUGUGCAGCUCUUCCGGCGGGGUCGGGGGCCGGUGGCCGUGUUCCGGUCGCCCCUGGGCGGGUAUACGCAGGACCAGCUGGAGGUGGGGGACAUCCUGGAGAAGCACGGCCUCAAGAGCGUCUUCGCCUUCGACCCCGCCUCCCGCGCACGCGGCGUCGCCAUCCGAUUCAACCCCCGCAACGGCCGCUCCCUCCUGCCCUACGCCGCCGAAUCCACCAUCUUCCUUGACGGCGAACCCAAGGAUCCUUUGGUGAAGCCCAUCACGAAGGUGAUGAUCAGCUUCUGCGCUAUGGUAGUGGUAGCUGCAGUGUUACUGAAGGAGGCGAAGAUGCCCGAGUGGCUCAAGGAAUCCAAGUUGGGCAACCUCAACUUCCCACCAUGGGUGCUGGCUUGCAUAGUUUUUGUGUUCAUGAGGCUCCGGAAAAGAACCAAGGAUGUCAUGAAGAAGGUUGGAUUGUCUUCGUGAGAUUACUAAUGGGAAUGGCACGCACAAUGUUCUUUUGGCUGCUUCUAUCAGUGUUGAAGAUGUACUGGGCAGUGACAUACUACAUGUAAAUGUUCACGCCUCUUUUGUUCAGAACAAAUACAUCUCAUAGAGAACUUGUAUUUAACCCUAUGUCAAGAGAAUACACGACACAGUUUGCUAGUGUGACAUUGUGCUUGACUGAAUGAAUAAAGAAUAGCCGGAGAAACUGGUGUGCACUC